GUCUUGGUUAGACAGGCCGGGGCCUGGUGCGCUGGGCCCCCUUGGAAGGCAGCCAUCGGUCAGGGCCUGAAGCACGGGGGGGGGGGGGCGCUCUGCUUGGGCCAGCUCACCCAGGAGUCUGGCCUGUCAUUCCCGCCGAGGUCUUCGGCCACCAGCUGGCAUUCUGCAGCAUAAUUCACAACGGCCCCUUUCCCUCCUUUUAGGCAGCAGAUUCGACGGUUGGCGGCCUCGGCCUUUAGCGGUUGGCAAAAUCUGUGGAGAAACGUACACAAAAGAACGCGGUGGAAACGGGCGCAGGAAUAAAACGGUCGCGCUUCCAGGAGCGCCACAGCCGUUUCCAAAAACUCUCCUCUGCAGCGAAUCAGACACGCGGGGCGGGCUUCGGAAGAGGGUUAGGCCCGAGCCCUGCCGCCCCCUCAGCUCCCCCGGCCCCACAACGGUGGUCUGAAACGGCGCGGGAUCCGAGCGGGGCCCGCGCGAAAGGCCGCGGCUCUCCGUCGCCUCCCGCAAGGCAAGCGGGGCGCGGCGCCCCAGGGCAGGCCCUUCGCGCCCUCCUGGCCCCCGAGGCGCGGCCUGGCACCUGAGGGACCCGCAGGGCUCCGCCCGCCGCCGGGCCUUCGAGGCCGCGGCCUCCCUCCGGGCGGGCCCGGCGCCUGUCCGCGGCUUCCCGGGCCGGCGGGCGAAGGCGGGGCCGGGGCGGGUCUGAGGGGCGCUGGCGGCCGCCGCCCUCCGCUCGCCCGCCCGCGCGGCUUUUGUGGCGGGAGCCGCGCAGCAACCAGGAGAGCGCCCGGAGCUCCGCCUCGCCUCGGCCUCUCCCCGCGCAGCCAGCCAGCGCAGCCAGGCGGAGCGCAGCGCAGCGUCCGGGCAGCUGAGCGGCCGCCUGGCGGGGGAGCGCCGGGCCGCGCCCGAGACCCCGCCGGAGCCGCGCCGCCGCCGCCGCCGCCGCCACGCGCGCCCCCAUGGGCAGCUCCCACCUGCUCAGCAAGGGCCUGCCGCCGCUCGAAAAAGGAGAAUUCAAGCAUUUGUUUUGAGGGAAAAACAGAAAAAAUAAAGAAUUACAUGGACUUUGCAAAGAGAUGUUAGCAAAUGAAAGUAAAAAAUUGAACUGAAUCCUGGAUACAGAGAGGUUGCAGUGGAUAAGAAGUUUAAAAGCUUUGAUUCAAGAUUGCAGGAGGCUGAAUGAGAAUUGGAUCAAAUGGCAGGCUUCUCUGUUGCCUUCCAGUCCUGAAGAUUGUAAAUAGCUGAGAAGUGGAAUUAAUGACUCUGGAACUGAACCCCAGAUUAAGAUAUGUCAGGCAUCCGACCACCAAUCAUGAACGGCCCCAUGCACCCACGCCCUCUGGUAGCACUGCUGGAUGGCAGGGACUGCACCGUAGAAAUGCCAAUCUUGAAGGAUGUUGCCACGGUGGCUUUUUGUGAUGCACAGUCCACCCAAGAAAUUCAUGAAAAGGUACUCAAUGAAGCAGUGGGUGCUCUGAUGUAUCACACCAUCACUUUAACUCGUGAAGAUCUGGAAAAGUUUAAAGCACUUCGAAUAAUAGUUCGAAUUGGAAGUGGUUUUGAUAACAUUGACAUCAAAUCUGCUGGAGAUUUAGGAAUUGCUGUCUGUAAUGUCCCAGCGGCAUCAGUAGAAGAGACGGCAGAUUCUACACUGUGCCACAUCUUGAACCUCUACAGACGAACCACUUGGCUUCAUCAGGCCUUGCGUGAAGGCACGAGGGUGCAGAGCGUAGAGCAGAUCCGGGAAGUUGCUUCUGGGGCUGCGAGAAUCAGAGGGGAGACCCUGGGCAUCAUCGGGCUAGGACGAGUUGGGCAAGCAGUUGCUUUGCGAGCAAAAGCCUUUGGCUUCAACGUCAUUUUCUAUGACCCGUACCUCUCUGACGGCAUUGAGCGUGCUCUUGGGCUUCAGCGGGUGAGCACGUUACAAGACCUUCUGUUCCACAGUGACUGUGUUACCCUCCACUGCAGCCUGAAUGAACACAACCAUCAUCUUAUCAAUGACUUCACCAUUAAACAGAUGCGGCAAGGAGCUUUCCUGGUGAACACGGCGCGAGGAGGGCUGGUGGAUGAGAAGGCGCUUGCGCAGGCCCUGAAGGAGGGGCGGAUACGGGGGGCCGCUUUGGAUGUGCACGAGUCGGAGCCAUUCAGUUUUAGUCAAGGUCCCCUGAAGGAUGCACCAAAUCUGAUCUGUACCCCACAUGCUGCCUGGUAUAGUGAACAAGCCUCUAUAGAGAUGAGGGAAGAAGCAGCACGGGAGAUCCGGAGAGCGAUCACAGGUCGUAUUCCAGACAGCCUGAAAAACUGUGUCAACAAAGAACACUUGACUGCAGCUACACACUGGGCCAGCAUGGAUCCGGGAGUCGUUCACCCAGAGCUCAAUGGCGCUGCAUACAGUAGGUAUCCCCCUGGUGUGGUCAGCGUGGCUCCUCCUGGCAUUCCCACAGCCGUUGAAGGAAUCGUCCCCAAUGCUAUGUCCUUAUCACACGGGCUCCCAGCAGUCGCUCAUCCUCCCCAUGCCCCCUCCCCUGGCCAGACAGUCAAGCCAGAAGCUGAUAGAGACCACGCCAAUGACCAGUUGUAGCCUAAGAGGACAUCAUUCCCAACAUUGGUGGUUGCAGCUUUGGAAAAUGGGUGGAAAAUCAGAUGAACUUUUGAUGCAAAACCGUGAACAUACUGGAAGAGACCAUAAUAAGUUUUACAAACUGGUCCAACAUGCAGUAUAAAAAAAUGGUAGGAGAAAGAAAGAAGAUUUGAAAACUUUAUUCCUCCAUAUAAAAUGUAGUCUGUCCCUGUCCAGUGCCCUGACUCACUGUUUCUGUGUCCUGUGGGUUCUUCGUUAAGCAAGAGAAGUUAGUAGUUAAUUAUAUCAUGAAUGUACUUGUCUGUGUACAGUUUUUAGAACAUUAACAAGGGUUUGUUUGCUUAGUUGUCAACAAGAAAAACAUCCUAAGGGAGGCAUUUGGCAAACCAAUUUGAGAUCCUUUGUUUUUAUAUGUUAAAAACAUGCUAAAAAAAUGAGGCCGUUGGUGAACUUCUCAGGACAACAAUUUUUUCCCAUUUUUCUUUCUACACCACACAGUGCAUUGCUUUUUCUACCUUAUUGUCUUAUUUUUUAGAAUAAUUUAAUAAAAUUAAAAUGAUUUCUCCUAAUUUUGGCACAAUUUCCCCUUAUUUCAGAAUAAAGACAUUUCAAAGAGAUUUUGAGGCGCAAGUAAAAGUUUUAUAUAAACAAGCAUCACACUUUUGUCACCAGUUAAAGUAUAUAUUAUUGGUGGGAUGCAGAGAGAGAGAGAGAGAGAGAGAGAGAGAGAGAGAGAGAGAGAAGAGUCUGAGGCACUCGACUACUGAAGAGUAGCAGCAUUUCAUUGCCUACAUGGAUUCCUUCCUGGUAAUGUGGUAGGCUAGCAAUAUUUUGGGUUAAAAUCAUGUUUGUGACUGUAUCCAUUUGUAUGAAUUAUUUUAAAGAAAUAAAAAUUACAAACAAA